GGGACCAGCGACAGGACCUUCGUGUGGCAGGGACAAGACGCCUGGGGCUGGAAGGGUCCUCGGCCAUGGCAGGUGUGGUGUACCCCAAACAGGGCCGUGUAGAUUCAGACUUAUACCAAAGCUCCUACAUGGUGGACUAUAAGCCCUAUGGGAAGCACAAAUACUCUACGGCCACGCCACAAGAGCAGGUGAAGCUGAAUGCCCAGCUCCGGAAGGAAGAGUUUCACAGGCCCAUUCCCGACCCCAGGCCCAAGCUGUCUGAUGGGUACACUGCCUUCAAGGGACCCCACAUGACUGCCAGAGACCUGGGACUCCCCGGCUUCUUCCCGCCGCAGGACCAAGUGGCCAUUGUGGAGGACAUGGGCCCGUUCAGCAGCACCUGCCCCUCGGGGUACCCAGCCUCCCUGGCCCUGCACCUGGCCCGGGGCCCCCCAAACCUGCUUCAGCAGAAUGCCGACUUGCCGUGCCUCCUGGAGACCGGUUGCCAGCCUGCUGCUAAGGAGGGCAGAGGCUACCUGCUCCUGCCUGGCUGUCCCUGCCCUCGGCACCAAAGAACCAAAGUCCCCAUCUUGUUUCGCUGGGGACCCCUGGUGCCAUUUUACCAGUAGGAAGAGGGACAGCUCAUGCCUCGGGCCAUUCUGAGGGUUCAGGGAUGUGAAUUCCCCGGGCCACUCACUGCUCAGUCCUGGAGGCCUGAGAAGGGAAUUAAAAAUUAAAC